AUGGGGAGGAAUCAGGGGGGAGGUGGUGGAGACGGGAUUGAGGGCCUUAUGAAAGGCCUCAAGCUCUCGGAGGAGAGAAAUGGAAUGAGAGGAGAAUGGCGGUCGGUAGCAGGGGAGGAAAGCAAGGUGGCACAAGCUGUCGGGAAACUGUUCUCUGGAAAGGCAGGAUAUGCAGAUGGAAUGGCGCAAUCUUUGGGCAAAAUCUGGUGCCCACUAAAGGGGAUUCGUUGCAAGGAACUAGGUGAUAACUUUUUUCUCUUUUCUUUCUUGCAACCCAGUGGAAAAAGAAGAGCAACUACAGAGGGGCCAUGGGAGUUUGGUGGGGAUCUGCUCAUUGUUGUUGAUUUUGAUGAAAAAAAACGGCUAAAAGAUUUGGAGUUCAUUUACACUCCGGUCUGGAUUCGAGUUUUUGACCUCCCUUUGGGAAUGAUGAAUGAGGCUACAGGAAGGAAGAUUGGAGACAAGGUGGGGAAGACUCUAGAGGUAGAUGCAGAGGAUGAUGGCUCUGCAAUUGGUAGGUAUCUCAGGAUCAAGGUCAGACUGGAUGUGCGGAAGCCGCUACUCCGAGAUUGUGAUGACUAUGGAGGAAGGGAUGAGAAGCAGCAGUUUGGUGAAUGGCUAACAAUCAAUCCAUCAAGAAGGAGAAUAGUGAAUGAUAAUAGAAGUAAAUGGCCUGAUGGAGGUAGUUCAGGGAGACUCCCAAAGUUGAAGUGCAGUGAUAAUUCAAACAAGAGUCAAGAGAAGGAGAUAACUAAAUCAAAAACUAGUUUGACGAAGGAAUCUUCCUGGAUUGAUAGGAAUUUUAUUGAGGAUGGAACCACUAGUGAUCCACAGAAGCCUAUUCUUGAAGAUGCUGUAAAUGAGGAUACUAGGGAGGAUCUACCAAGGAAAGGGCAGUCUGAAGUUGAGUUUUCACACAGUGGGGCUGCUCAACCGGCCCAGGUGGAUUGUGAGCAACAAGAGGAGGGUGUCAUUAUAGCUGCACUUGAUGCGAGCCAGGCCUUGUUGGCCCCUGCACACAAUGAUGGAAAGGAAUAUCAGGAUGAAAGGAAGCAUAGGGGAACUUACAAACGAAUUCCUCGGGAACUAAGGAAUUGUACGGAAUGUGGACAAUUAUUGGAGGUGAAAAAGAGGCAUUUGCAAGAAGAGGAGAUGGAGUAUGGAGAGGAGCUGAAGGGGCAAAAGGCGGGACUGCAAGAGCAGUUCCGCCAGGAAAAAUGA